AUGAACGAGCCCGCCAAUAGAAUAAAUUAUGGAACUUUUCUUCGAGACCUCUAUCACAAAAGAUACCCAGUUCUGAAGUCUCACAGAAUCGACGUCUUCAAAAAGCCAAGACAGGAUUCUAUAGAAGCGUUGAAUCAGGAUGAAGACGUUGAGGAGCACAAUGAGAUUCCCAGCGUGGAGCAUCAGGGUGAAAAAGCUAGAAGUCCAGAAGAGGAAGAUGUCGAGGAGAUUUCCAACAUCGUUCGAGCUGAAAGUAUCUCCCAGAAACCUGAAAGCUCUCCAGCAACGAGCACGUCCUCUGAAGACGAAGAAGUCGUUGGAAGUUAUGAGCAAAAAGAGUACGUGGAUGAUGUCAACGAUCGAAUUAAAAUCGGAUUGGUUCGAAUCAUUUUUGAGAGACUGGCGAAAGAGGAAAUGGCGAAAAUUCAAAGGGACAAUGUGAAUAUCAAGGAUUUACUAUUUUUCCGAAGCAUCUCUAGCACCUGCUGUAAAUUCGCUGAAACUUUUGAGCUUCCUAUAAAGAAACUGAAACUGGUUAUUCAUCGAGAAUUUGUGGAAAUCAAAAUUUGGAAUGAGCAGAAUUCGUUGACGAUUCUAGAAUAUCAAAAUUCAGAAGAUAACGAUGGAACCAAAUAUGAAACUUUGGCAGCUUUUGAUUUCUUCUUUCUCCUCAGAAGUCCAGGAAUCCAACUCGCAAGACUUGGAAUCAAAAUUGCUUCCUUUGAAGAUAAGGAUGCGCUAUGCUACACGGACGUUUCCCUCCUCCGAAUUAUCGUUGGGCUCCUGAAAAGAAGACUCGAUGAGCAAUCGACUCAUCUGAGCAAGCUGGCAUAUAUGUAUUCUAGAGAGGAUGUUUUUGGGUUGGAUAGAAAGCCAAGAACCGAUUAUCUAGAAGAAAUUGUGAACUUUAUGAAGCCCCGGAUUCUGGAAUGUUUUAAAUUACGAACUUGGGAUGAUACUAGAGUUGUGAACAGUGAAAGGUACAGAGAUCAAUUGGCUUUGGCGAUUGCGGAAGGAGAGAAUGAGCAAUUGAUUGGUGGCGUGUAUUUGACGGAGCAGUAG